GUUGCCCUGACAUUGAGUCACGGCUUCUAAUUUACCCCAAAUAUUGCUUACCUAAACCAAUUCCGCUUCCAUUCUUAGCCGACAGUCUUCCCGAUGGAGAUCCCGAGCGCGGAGACAACCCAGUAGCUCUACAAUACCUUCCUAGGCUAUGAACCUCAAUUCCAAUGUGCUCUUUCCUUUGUAAUGUCUCUAGUAAAACUAAAUGUAGAUCCCUAACAAUUCCGAUCUUCUUUCCAAAAUUGAAGGUAUUUUGAAUUGAAGAUUAAUCACCUGAACUCACCUGGAGCGCCCGCCGAAUUAAGUACCGGUCUAUCACCAUGUCGUCUGCAACAUUAUGUAUGAAGACAUUGAGAGCAUACUCUCGAUAUGGCUCGAAUCAUGCUAGAAUACUCGCAAGGACCUUCUCGGCGACGUCUAGGCGGGCCGAGAUCAAUAAGGUAUAUCCGUCUGCCACCGAGGCAUUGAAGGAUAUGAAGCCAGAUUCCACUUUAUUAUGUGGUGGCUUCGGUCUCUGCGGUGUUCCUGAUACCUUAAUCGAUGAGGUGAUAAAGAAGCCCGAAAUUACGGGUAUUACGGCAGUUUCAAACAAUGCCGGCACGGAUUCUUCUGGGCUGGGCCAGUUGUUAAAGACCAAGCAGAUUAAAAAGAUGAUCGCUAGUUACAUCGGCGAAAAUAAGACUUUCGAAUCGAUGUAUCUAACAGGCGAAGUCGAGCUAGAACUCACACCUCAGGGAACAUUAGCCGAACGUUGUGCUGCUGGCGGCAAAGGCAUUCCGGCUUUCUACACACCUGCGGCUUUUGGUACCGUAGUGCAGACUGGUGAGCUUCCUCUGAAAAACAAGAAGGACGGAACCCCAGAUGUAUUCUCGUACCCGAAAGACGUCAAAGUCUUCAAUGGCAAAUCGUAUCUUCUCGAACACGCCAUCGCUGGAGACUAUGCCUUCGUUAAAGUUUACAAGGCGGACAAACUCGGAAACUGCCAAUUCCGUCUCGCUGCCAACAACUUCAACGGUGCAAUGGGUAGAAAUGCCAAGAUGACCAUUGUUGAAGCUGAGCACAUCGUUGAACCGGGCGAUAUCCCACCCGAGGCCAUUCAUUUACCGGGUAUUUAUGUUAAGAGGGUUAUCCAGAGUACCGCUGAGAAGAACAUUGAAAAGUUUACCUGGUCGAAGGACGAUGACGAUGCAAGUGCGAAGAAGGCUCUAGGCUCGGGUGACACAGCAGCCAAGAGAGAACGGAUUGUUCGCAGAGCAGCCAAGGAGUUUAAAAACGGCAUGUAUGCCAACCUCGGAAUCGGAAUGCCCAUGCUUGCACCCGGAUUCGUGGGUCCCGAGGUCGAGGUCCAACUUCAGUCUGAGAAUGGUAUCUUGGGUCUUGGACCUUACCCGCGGCAAGGUGAAGAGGAUGCCGACCUGAUCAAUGCUGGCAAAGAGACCGUUACCCUGAAACCCGGUGCUGCGGUGUUUGGUAGCGAGGAGAGUUUCGGUAUGAUUCGAAGCGGUCGUAUCAACCUCACAAUUCUUGGAGCUAUGCAAGUUAGUGCUACUGGCGACCUUGCAAACUGGAUGUUACCAGGAAAGGUCAAGGGAUUCGGCGGAGCUAUGGACUUGGUAAGCAAUCCGAGUUCGACAAAGGUUGUUAUCACAAUGGAACACACAGAUAAGAAAGGAAACCCGAAGAUUGUCAAGCAAUGUGCCUUCCCCUUAACAGGCCGGGCCUGUGUCUCUAGGAUUAUUACUGAACUGGGUGUUUUUGAUGUCGAUUUUGCUCACGGUCUCACGUUGAUCGAGAUUGCGGACGGGGUAACUGUGGAUGAGAUAAAGAGCAAGACUGAAGCCCCCUUCCACGUCGCCGAAGACUUGAAGCCCAUGUUGUGAGGCAUGGUGAUGGGAACGUCGUCCUUCGCGCCAGAUCGUCAUUCCAACGUCUUACCCGUUGUAUAUAGUCGGAGUUAUUUGUAGCUUCAUUAUGAGUCAAUGUCUA